CAACGAUCUCUUGAGCAACAACCAACCUUCCUUGCGAAUUGAGCAGCGAGUAGGCCACAAAUAUACAUCAUCCUUGUCAGCACACCAGUUCAUCCAAAGCGUGACUAUCAGCUCGAAGAAUCACUAUCAACUCGCACACCCGACGUCUGACUCAGGUGAUCUCUGUUACAUUUUCAACUUCACCUAGGUAGCUUUCAGCCAUGGCAGCAGUGGCAUUGCCCGACUUGCCCUCCGAAAUAAUUGACGAAAUAUCAAAACACAUGAGCUAUGGCUCGCGACUCGCUCUGCAGCUUUCUUGCCGUAGGCUCUUUGCUAAAACCGACCUUAAUCGGCCCACCUACACAGGUUCAACUUCUUCGCCGACCAAAGCCUACGAUAUGGCAGAUCUCCUCGAGAUAGAACAAUGGCCAGAGUACAACGCAGCAAAGUUCAAGCCGCUUCAAUCAAGGCAACCAGUCAGCCAGCUCGACUUCUUCGCAUGUCAUCUCUGUCUGAAAAUCCGCUCCGCUGACAGAUUUUGCAACGCCAUGAUGAAAGGUAAACGCGGAAAACUUGGCAAGGGUACUGUAGAGGAGAGGUCUAAGCGCUUCUGUAUACCAUGCGGGAUUACUCAUGGAAUAUAUCAGCGAGGAAUAUACCUACGGUCUGGUGGGGCAUCUGGUUGGGUUGGUAUGUUGCAAGUGUGGCAGAUUUGAAAGUGGGCACUGUAGCGAAGUUUAUCUAGCUGGGCCUGAGAGGAAAUGUGCAGUUUGCUGGGACCGCAGCCACAAGGAACAGGGGCCGUUCGAUUCUUUCGAUAUCUCAGUCGAUUGUUCAGAUUGGCGGGACGUACUCUUAUAGGCAUGAUCUAUAACGUCGCGAAAGGGUGAGAUAUAUGGAUGGAUUAGGGGUUUAAUAUAGCCUGAAGCUAAAUUGUGGUUUCC